AUGGCCGAGAGUAAUAAUAAAGGAACGCCCGAACCUGAGAUGAAAGGUUGGCUCUACAAGUGGACUAAUUAUUUAAAAGGUUACCAAAAGCGAUGGUUCGUCCUCUACAAUGGAUUACUUUCUUAUUAUAGAAAUCCAGCAGAGGUGUCUCACACAUGUCGUGGAACCAUCAAUCUCGUAAGUGCUGUGAUUCAUGCAGUGGAUACUACACAUUUUGUGAUAUCGAAUGGAGCCACCCAGACUUUUCAUUUGCGAGCUCAAAAUGAAGUGGAACGGCAGCGUUGGGUUACAGCUCUUGAACUUGCUAAAGCUAGAGCCAUACACAUAACAGAGUCUGAUGAGGAGGACGUGAUGACUUCUCAAGACGGCAUGGGUCGUGUUGGAGAAUUGCAAACGCAGCUGAAACUUCUGGGCACCAAACUGGACGACCUCGUAGCCUGCAAUGAUCUGAUUGUGAAACAUGGAAGCACCUUGCAACGCUCCCUUUCUGAGUUGGAGGGAGUUGAAGGCGAGAAAGAAGCCUUAACAAAAAUCAAGGCCAUCAAUGAGAGGGCCACUCUCUUCCGUAUCACUUCCAAUGCUAUGAUGAACGCUUCUCAGGAGUACUUGCAAUUGUCACAAAACUUAGGGAGAAAAUGGCCCAAGCAAUUACAAAUUGAAUACGAUAAGAGAUUGCGACUCGAAGAAAUGGUGGAGCAGUUGGCUAAGCAGCACUCCCAUUUAGAGAGAGCUGCCAAGGAAGCAGUUUCAGUCAACUCACCAGGUAUUCACUCAGAUGAUGACGAGUUUUAUGAUGCUGAAGAAGAGACAGCCUCAGAGUUUGUAAUAAAAAUUCCUGGUAAAGGCCAUAGGCGCACACCAAGCGAACAGAGCCUAGCGAGUGAAGGUCGUGGUGGCUUUGAAGAUGGUGCUGGGGGUUCCUCCGAUACAGAUGUGGAAGUUGGCAGUGAGACAGCUGACGGACUCUCUGAAAAUGUGAUUGCUCGCACAAAAAGGAGUCGUCGUCCUCCUAGGUAUAAGUCAAAAAUGCACUCUAUUUGUGCGCCCUAUAAAGGAGAAUUGGAAGAUACAGAAAAAAGUAUGAGAAAGUCCUCAAGUGCUCCUGGAACUCCUGACCGUGGGCUGAGUACGGAAGCAGUUGAACAGUUAAGUUUAAUACCUAAAAAGCAGCGUCGACUCACUGUUCCCGAGAAACCUAACUACAGUCUCAAUUUGUGGUCUAUUAUGAAGAACUGUAUUGGGAAAGAGCUCACCAAGAUACCCAUGCCUGUAAACUUUAAUGAGCCUUUGUCGACACUUCAGAGGCUGACAGAAGAAUAUGAAUAUUCUGAUCUCCUAGAUCGUGCUGCCCGCUGUGAUGACCCGUACGAGCAGAUGGCGUAUGUGGCUGCAUACACGGUAUCUGCCUAUGCCACCACCAGUAAUCGUACCGGAAAGCCUUUCAACCCUCUACUGGGGGAGACAUACGAGUGCGACCGAACUGAUGAUCUGGGUUGGAGGUGUAUAUCUGAGCAGGUGAGUCAUCACCCUCCUAUGCUUGCUCAGCAUUGCGAGGGCCGUGGUUGGGUGUGCUGGCAAGAAUUCACGAUGUCUAGCAAAUUCCGAGGCAAAUACCUGCAAAUCGUGCCUCUAGGGAUUGCCCACUUGAUAUUUCCCGCCAGUGGGCAUCACUAUACUUGGCGUAAAGUGACCACCUUCGUCCACAACAUAAUUGUCGGGAAGCUAUGGGUGGAUCACCAUGGAGAAAUGGAAAUAGUCAAUCAUCACACUGAAGAUAAAUGUCAUUUGCGCUUCAUUCCAUAUUCCUACUUUUCCAGAGAAGUCCCCAGAAAGGUUACUGGUGUGGUUACAGACCCUGAAGGCAGUGCAAAAUUUGUCCUCCAGGGCACUUGGGAUCACAAGAUGGAGGUUGCACGAGUACUCAAUAAUCGUGGCUCUGUGAAGGGCAAACCUCUGCUGGAGACUUCCACUUCCAAAGUCAUCUGGAAGAGGCAGUUUCCAGGACCAGAGUAUGAACGCAUGUACAACUUUACUGUAUUAGCGUGCCAGUUGAAUGAGCCAGAAGAAGGGGUUGCCCCCACCGACAGCAGACAGCGACCCGACCAGCGCCUCAUGGAGGCAGGAGAAUGGGAUGAAGCAAACCGUGUCAAGGUUGCCCUCGAAGAAAAACAGAGGCAAACAAGGAGGCAGAGGGAAGAUGAUGCAGAGAGGGCUGCCGCGGAAGGUCGACCUUACGAGGGGUACGAACCAAUCUGGUUUCGAAAGGUCACGGACCCCACCACCGGCAAGCCGGUUCACAAGUACACGGAGGAAUACUGGCAGUGCAAAGAAGCCCAAGACUGGACUCGUUGUCCUGACAUCUUCCUCUCAGACCCCUGACAUCCCCCUCUGUAUAUGUUCCUCCUCACUACUCCUACUCCGAGAAAUUUGUACAUACAUCUCGCCUCUCGCUGUGGUCACACGUAGAGAGAGGAAGAAGACGAGAAAGUGCACCAAGUGCUACGUGAUGCUCAGAGGACUGCCCAAAGUAGCCUGCGCAAAUAGAAAUUAUAUGAAUCAAAGAAUUUUAUCGUUUUGAACAAAAAGUCAUUGUGAUACUCAAUUCAAUUAUUUCCUCCCUUGCCGUUUUCUUUUUGGUUUUCUCGUUAUUUAGUACUUCGUGGUUGGUUACAUUCCCGCUAGCAUUAACCCUGAAUUUUUCCACCACAAACAUGUAUUUUUUACAUGGAAGGGGGAAGAAAUUCAUUCAACUUUUAUCCAAAACUUUUAUCCUCAGUUUUUGUAUUUUGCUCAUUUGGUUGUGUGACAUCUACUUUGAUAAAGAGUUUUAUGACAUGUGACUCUUAUGGUCUUACAAAGCAAAAUAUUUAAUCUUGAUUUUGUAAAAGUAAGAAAAAAGCUUCAUUCACAAACAUUCAAUAAAAUAUUGUAAUUUAAAGUUUUGAAGUAGUUUCAAUAAAAAUGCUUUUAUAUUUCAUUGAGAAUUCUGAAGUAUUUAAUCAGUUCUCGUCUGUCACUUUCAAGUUAUUGUCAGCAUUGUCACCGUCUAUGCUUGUAUUCAUGAAUUGUUUAAAUACUUUUUUAAAAAUCCUUUAUGCAUGGUUAAAUCUUAUCAGCACACGCUUCAUUAAAAUUUAAAUUUAUUGCAGUACUUUUCCUAAUUAUGAUUUGUUGCUUUUAAUCUCAUUUCACUUGCUCUAUUCCAUUGGUGUCCAUCCCUUCCAAAGGCGAUAGUGCACCCCCUCAAUUGUCAUGGAGCAUACAUUUAAAAAAAAAACAAAGCUCCCCCUCCAAAUUAGAGCAAAAUCCCUGUCAAAUACCCUCAAAAGAUUCAAAUGCUGCAGCCUGUACCAUAGACCCACCCGUUUGUGAGCACACUUCUCUGUUCUGAGCUAAACCUGAAAUCAGUUGAAUAGUGGAUAUAUAUUUUAAAAUUCCUCUGAAAAGGUAUUAAUGGUAGGAUUUAGGGCAAGAAGCGAAUUUUUGCGAGCUGCUUCAAGAUCAAAAUAAUUGUAUGUGCUUUCAUGAGUGAUAUAUAAUAGUUUUAAAGAGAAGAAGAAUUCUUGAUCGUAGUAUGUUGUUUUUGCUACAUAGGUAUUAUUGUUACUUUCUCAUUAAUGAUUUUAAACAUGUACGUUACAUAUGCUAAUUAACCUUAUAGCAGAGUGCUGCAAAGUAGAAUGUGUGCUGUAAAACAAAACAGAUAAAUAACUGAAUGGCUCAAAAUGAAUGAGGGUUGCCUGAGACACAGUAGUCUCACAAACUUGGCACUUGAUAACAGGAAUGAAUCCAAAAAACUUAGCCACAACCUGGCAGAAAGAAAAAAAACUUUUCAAAAACCUGUUUGUUGCUCUGCCAUUCCGCAUUACCCAGCAUUUUAAAAGAAAUCCCCCUCCCCCUUUUUUUUAGAAUGUUGGCAACUCCAAAUUAUUGACUCAAUAUACAAGAAAUAUCUUUGUUAAACAAAGCCUUCAAACAAAUAACUCUUGUUAGUGUAUCUUCUUUAUUUAACUUAACAUUAAAAAAAAGGUGUAGUUCUUGACAAAAGUUUUUUCAGAUUAAAUAUUAGCAUUUUUAAAUAAAACACAAAUCUGUCCUAGUAAACUACAUCAGUUUCAGUUUAAGAUAUUGCAAAGUAACCGAAUCAUAGAAAAGGAAUAAAAUUGAAAUUUUAAAAAGUGUUGCCACUUUGCUGUGAAAUAAAAAAUUUUAAAAUGCAAACUUUUAAUAAAUGCAAUUAUAUUGAAAUCACUUAGUUUUGUUUAAAAAUAAAAAAAAUGAAACAACCCUAAGAAAUUCAGUUGAAAUACUGUUUAAAACUAUACAGGUUUGAAAAUCAAUUGCUUCUAAUAUUUUGGCUUUGAAAUCAGCACACUAGAUGACAUAAAAAUGGAGAUUUGUAACAGAACCACAACUUUUUUUUGCAAAAAAAUUUUAAAUCCUAAUUUUAUCACGAGACGUUAAACUACUCAGUUACAAUUCUUUGAUUUGACCCAUUCUCACAUUUACUGCUGAAACUUGGUCAGUGACAGAAAGAUGAAGAACAAUUUUUGGCAUAAUGCAUAUUAUAAAUUUGUUGGUAAUAGUAAUGAGAUAUUUCAAAUAUGCAGAAUUUAAUUGCUAUGUGUCUUCACAACUUUCAUCAGUCAAUUUAGGGAAGAAAGUAAAUUCAUGAACUAUGCAAAACAUUUUUUCCUUCAACACAUCGACUGCCAUCCGGGGAUAAUUUGUAGCAUGGUGAGUUUGGCUAAGAGAAUAUUUAUGUUGUGGUUGCUGAAUCUGCCAUUUUGUACAGAUUCAAAUGCUCAGACAUAAAUCUAUAUAUUUGACUUCCAGAAAGGUACCAGUAAAUCAAUGCCUUAGACCAGCUAACCACACAUAGUGUCUAAAAUAAGGUUCUCCCCCUUAUCUUGUAUAUUAUUUCAAGCUGUAUCAGUAGAAAAAAUCAAGUAUGACCGAAUGUUACCUUCAAAUAGCAAAAUUUGUCAUGUUAAAGCAUGGUUUGGAUGUUUUAUUGUGUAAUGAAAAGUUACCUAUCGUUAAUGGUCUGACCACCGAUUUAAUGGAAAGGCAAAAAUCUGGUUUUCAGGCGGAAAUGGACGAAUCUAUUAGUUUUCGUGGAUGUCAACAUUUGGAGAUUUAUGUUAACCUCUAAAUAAAGCGAGUCACCUUUAAAUGAGUAGAACAUGUGCAUCAAAUUUUUACUUUGCCCCCUGAUUCAAAUAGACUAGUCUUAAGUGGAAGUUUGCAAAUUCCAUAAUAUCUGUAGUCAAACUGUCGUUAGCUGGUUUACAAUCUAUUUCAUCUAAAUCAAAAUUUGCUCCCAGAUGCUUUGUUUUCGAGUCUUGUACUGCUCUUAUAUGCUUUUUCAAUUGCAACUAUUUAACAUUUUUAUUUUCAUUAUUUAACUGUUCUUUUUUAAAACUUUCAUUUUUAUAUAAAAAACUUUUUUAAACUGUGAUGUGGCUAAAUUGCCUUUGUUCUUACACCAAAAAACUCAAAACAUCAUUAACAGUCCAAGUGUAUACUAAGCCAUUGGUAGUUGUUUUGUUAAAACCAUUUUCCGAGUAUUAUCAUAAUCCCCCCCCCCCCCCUUGGGAAUGUAACAAACUAGAAAGAACCUAAAUUUUAAAACUUUAUCUUUUACUAAAUCUGCACGCAUCAUCCACUCUUGAGAGUAAAUUUUCCAAGUGUAUCUCAAAUUUCUUUGCAUCAUUUCCUCAGUGGUAUUUCUGUUGAAGACUCCAUCUUUACAAAGUGGGUGCCUACCGAAAUCAUAACAAACUUAUUGCCGAAUUGUAAUCAGAAUGUUAUUUAUUUUGUGUGUUCUGGCCAGUUUUCAAUUUUUUAGACUUUGAAGAAUGCUAGAGCUUGCGAAGGUACAUGAAAUAACUCUCAAAUAAUAAAUGAUUAUCUAAAUGAAGAAGCCACUCUGCUUAUUGUGUGUGUGAGUGCACACAUUCAAGCAGUUUUCAGUGUUGAAAUUAGUUAAGCUAACGGUAAAAGCAUGUGCAUACAUUGAAAUGCAAUGAAAUCCUGAAUAUGUAAUUUUUGUAUUUUCUACCCAUUGUCGUAUAGGUGGUUGUAACUGAAUUUGAAGCGAUGAAUCAAUGGUUUUUAUCUUGUGCAAGUAAAUACUUGCUGUUGUAAAAGGACAGAAGUGAUAUUUUUUCUGUUGUGAUUCAACUUUAUAAGAAAUUUCAAACUAUUGAGUACAGCGACUGAAAAUUAUAUGUACACAAUGUAAUUUCAUUAUAAAUGCAGAUUAUUUCCUAAGACUCAAGUAAAAAAUUGUUCAUUAAAUGUGUUAUUACAACUGUAAUCAAUAAUAAAAAUUUGAGUGUAUUAGAAGUUCUUGAUGUAAAUAUAGUUGCAAAAGAGCAGAAUAUUAAGUACAAAAAUUCAAAAAUGUAUUUGCACACUUAACUUACCUAAAACAAAUAUGUAUUUAAUUUUAUUCCACAUUCUUGGAUUUGUAAUGAAUUGAAAUUCUUAUAAAAGAACCUCAUCUCUUCAAAAAUCAAAAAACAAGCUUUUAUUUUUAGAAAUCAUUGGAUAUCCUAAUCAUUUAUUUUCCUGUUUAUCAUAAACACAUGAUCCUGGAAACAGCACAUGGUAUGAAUCCCGGUAACUGAAACAGCGCGACGCUGCAACACUGGUCACAGAUUUUUGAGGAGGCCUGCAGACUAUUUUUGAAUUGAAAAGAUUUUUUUUUUAUUUCUGCAUGAAUUUCAAAUUUAAAGCAGAAAAAUAUAGUUCAAAGUGAAAUUAAAAUAAAAAUAAAAAAAAAGGCAAUUUAAUGUAUGCAGGGGCCCUCGGUGGCUAAUAGGAAGAGAUCAAAAGCACUUGCUCCCGUAGCGACAUGUGCCUCAGUUCUCUAGUUUUACUUUGAAGAUUUUGAGUUUUGUUUUACUCUUUUUAUUUUAGCAUUUUAUUGUGCUUAAAAAGUUUUAACCAGAGCAUUUUUAGUCUUCAGUACACAAGUUUCUUCUGUCAUUGACAUAGACCCCUUAGGGUGUAAUUGGAGCACUUUAUUCGCUUCUGCCUUUGGUGUACAAUGAUCUGAAAUCACUUGAAUUAAGCAAUGUCUCAGAUGCAUCAAGAAAUAUACAAAGGUUCAUGCAUGAUGUUACCUAGGAUCACAACUGUUAACUCAUCGUGGACUGGUUAUGUUUUGUGUAUCACAUAUAGUUAGGCUUGCCAGACGUCCCGGUUUUCAGGCAAAAUCCUGGUGUGCCGACCGGUUUACCUCAGGUCCCGGAAAAAGAUGAAUUUGGUUAGGUGACCAAAAAAGUCUAAAGAUAAUUAACUGUGAAGAUUAAGUUUGGAUAAUUUUUUUCUCAUUUGAAGCAUAAGACUUGGAGAAAUUAACAUGGUAUCAGUGAAAGCACCGUAAAACCAAAAAAGGAUCUUCUGAAAAAAAUUCCUAGUGAAUGAAAAAUAUAUGUAAAUAUUGCCCAAGUUUUCAUUCCUCUUUCAAAAAAGUAUUUCUUCUAGCAAAAGUAACUAAUAAAUAUUAACAUGUGAAUAAUAAAAUUUAUCUGCUUGUGUCAUUUAUUAUCACCCCUGAUUUAGGUUCAUAAUUAGUAACCUCCCCCCCCCCCCCAAAAAAAAAAAAAAAAACAUGCUAAAAACCAGCUUAUGUUCUCUUUUGGGAUGUUUGAGAUCCAGAAAUUCCAAAAAUUUUGGCCUGACAACACAUUCUAAAGCUGAAAGUUGAUUUAAAAAAUAGAUAGCAUUUUUAAAAUGUUUAAUUUCAAUAAUUUUAGCUAGCAUUGUUCAAACGUUUUUACAGGGGGAGGGAGGGGGUAGAGCUUUAUCAUAGUUUCGAAAAAUUUCACUCUUCAAAAAAUUUUAUUUCAGUCCAGUCCACUAUCACCCCCUUUUGAAUACUCGCGACCAAGGGGGGAGAGUUUCCGGUGUCCAGUUGAGCAUUCCAGAAAUCUGGCAAGCCUACGUAUAGUUGUAACUUUCAUAUAGUCUAGUGGUUAAGGCUGUUUCACAAAGAUAACCUGGGUCAAUUCCCGACAUGGUGAAUAGGAAUAACUCUACCACCUCACUUGUGUAUGUAGCAAAUCUUAAAGCUUCAUGAUUAAAGAUAGGGAGAUAAGUUGUAACUCUCAUGCCAUCUUUCUUAUUUUUCAUGAGCGUUUUAAAAGUUUGCUGCCACAGCUGAAUAUCAUCUACAUUUUCUCUCAUACUUUAUCUUGGAAUGUCCAUUCAUAUGUGACCAUGAAAAAAGGACUUUCUGAAAGGGUAGGAAGAGAAAAUUUGUCUUCCCCAGACUAAACCUUGCAAAAUCUCUUAACAAGUCAAAACAUAUACCAAAAUUUAAAAUUUUUGAAAACUAUUCUAAUGUCCAAGACAAAUUUAGGCAUUUUAAUGGCAGAAAGAAAUAGCAAGUGAUUUUGCAUUCUGGGAUCAAAUUGUCUCAUUUCUGUGUAAAAAUAAAGUUGGGAUUUCAUUGCAUUCCAUUACAGGGUGGCCUCUGUUUAUUCAUGUGCUAUAUUUUUUACAUUUAUGUUCCAUAUAAUUUCAGCUUGAAAAAUAAUAUUUAAUAGAUGAAUAACCGGCAGACUCUGUGAUGUAAAUGGAAUAUAAUCUUGCCUUAUAUUCAUAAUUUACUUUUAAAUCUAAAUGGUAGAGAUCGCUAAUCAAGAUAGUUAUUAUUGUAUGUUAACUUAAAUAGUGUAAAUUAUGAAAUGUAAAAGAAAUAUAGAAAGUGUAAAUGUAAAUUUUUAUGUGAUAUUUUUUUUUUCUCCUGUUUCUUUUUUCAUAUACCAAAUUUGCUGCUAUGGACUAAAAUUUGUUUUAAAGUUGUAGAAAUGUGUGCCUUCUCUAAUCAUCUUGCUCAAAUUAUUCUAAUUGUAUUCUUUUGUCGUUUUAACUUUCAUUAUUCAUUAGGGAUACAAAAUUUAUUCUAAAAAAAUUUAAAAGCUUAGUCAUUGUAUUUUAAUGUAUAUAUUUAAUUUGUGUUUUGAUUGUAAAAAGAGUACUUCUUUUAUAGAAAUAUUUUGAAACAUUCAACUGCAUUUUUCUUGGAUGAUUGUACAGUAUUUUCCCCUCAUUUAAAAUUAUGCAAAUUCUUCAUAAACUGAGACCUCCCUGUAUAAUUAGCUAUGCAGACAAUCUUCAUUAAGAGUUUAUGAGCCUUAACGUUAGAUUCUUUUAUCUGAACACAUAAAUGACUAAUCUUAUCUUUAUUCUAAAUUAGUAUUUUAUUUCAGAUUCUGUUUUAAAUAGACUAGUUCCUGAAGAAAGAAACCGAAAUGAAAUAAUGCUGUGUUCUAUAUUUUUAAAUAAAGUUUAUAAUUUUUGUUUCUGCAAAAA